CUUUAGGCUUUUUCCUGAACCGCGUCUAGAGAACUUUUGAUGAAACAAAGAAUAACUUCAUACCCAAGUUCUCUCUCCUUCAUUAUUUGGUUUAUUUCCUUUAUUUUGCAUCCAUUUAUUUGCUAUAAAAGCCAUAGUUAGUAUCCCCUUCAUCCUUAAAAGGCUAACAGGAAAAGAUAAAAAGGAGAUCAGAAAUUUCAGCUACUGUUUAUUCUUAUUUGAUAAGGGAUGGUGAAGCUGACAAUUAUUGGGAGGGUGAGUGAUGGGAUGCCCCUUGCCCAAAAUCCAAGAUUUGUGCAAGAAGAGAAUGAUGUCUUAACAACUUACAAGCAACAAGCUGAGUUCCUUCUCAAGGAAAUUUCUUUACGAGCCUUGCCCUCUUCCAAGAUGACCAUUCUUGUAGAUCACCACUGCUUCAACUACAUAGUUGAGAAUGGGAUUUGCUUUCUUACGUUAUGCGAGUCAUCCUAUCCAAGAAAGCUGGCAUUCCAUUAUCUAGAAGAUUUGCAUCAGGAGUUUGAGAGAUUAGAUAAGAGCCUCACAGAUAGAAUUACAAAGCCAUAUACCUUCAUCAAACUUGAUACUAUCAUUGCCAACAUUAGGAAGCAAUAUGUGGAUACAAGAACACAGGCAAAUUUAUCUAAACUAAAUGCUGAUCGUCAAAAGGAUUUAGAUAUUGGGACAGAUGAAUUAUCACUAAUAACAGAACGAAGGCGAAGACUAGAAAGGAUGGAGAGGCUGAUGGUUGCUCAUAGAAGUACUUCUCCAAUCUGGGAGUCUAAAAGGCUUGAGAUAAUCGCACUGAAAUGGACACCAAUUACAAUCCUUCUCGUUGUUGCUGCUGUUCUUCUAUGGACCGGCUUAAUCCUCCAAGAUGAUUUCAGAUAAUGGUGAGCCAAACUUCAUAAACUCUGAAGCCAUAGUCAGUUGAAAGACUUCCUCCAAUGUCUGGAUCAAUGGUGCAAAUGAAGAAAUAAGAAGAUUUUCCACUGACCGAGACUUACAGGGGCCAAUUAGCAAGAUUCAUUUUCUAAAUUUCAAGCCUGCAUAUAUUUGAUAUAUACUUGAGAAAGUCUUAAGAAAGUGGAAACAAGUAGCUAAUAUGCAUAUUGUUAUUGUGCUUUGAUGCUCUAUUCAUCUGAUUAUGUGUAUUGUAGAUGGAUCAACUUAUUGUAUUUAUUCUUAAUGUCAAGCUGUUUACUUAUUAGAUUA